AAACAAAAUUUUGGGUCACAUGUGUAAUUAAGUCUUAAUAGGGACUUGAAACCAGCCAGCAGUUACGUUGCGAUUCAGCGUUUUCCAUUUCUCAGUUUGAAGAACUUAAAGAAACCCAAAAUUAGAGAGAAAAAAGAUGAGACAAUGGAUGAACAUAGCAAAAGAAGCCAUAGCUCGAGCCUCCAUCGUCGUUAAAUUCAUCUGCUUACUCCACGUCACUGACUCCUACCUCCUGUCCUCUAGCCAUGUGUUGGGUCCUAGCAUGCUCCCAACCUUAAACACUACCGGGGAUGUCGUACUAGUCGAACACUUGUCUCACCGGAUAGGCAAACUGGGUUCGGGUGAUUUGGUUCUCGUUCGAUCGCCGCUCGACCCUAAAAAGAGCAUAACUAAGCGCAUUAUAGCCAUGGAAGGUGAUAAAGUUACUUUCUCUGCUAGAAACCACAGUUUUCGUUCUCUUGUGGUUCCAAAGGGACAUGUUUGGAUUCAGGGGGAUAACUUGUAUGUUUCUAGAGAUUCACGGGAAUUCGGGCCUAUACCUUAUGGUCUUGUUCAAGGGAAAGUGUUUUUCAGAGUAUGGCCACCUAAAGGCUUUGGAUCAUUGGGUCAAUGAGAGUAUAAAUUCCAGGUAUAUAGUUUGCUAUCCAUCUCUUUUUAAGAUAUAGACUAGUGCUAACGUUCUGACUCGCAAAUGCAUGAAGGAAAGACUUCUACUCCAAUCUAUUUAUGUGAAUGGUCUUUUCUGUUGCUAGUUUCAAAAUGAUGUUGCUGAUUGUUGUGUAGGAUGAUAAUUUAGUUGCUGAACGGUAUGUUAGCCAUUGCUUUUGCUUUUAAUUCUUUUCGGGAUCAAUAUUUUGUGAACUUAACACUUUGGUUAUGAAAUUUUCCUUUCCUUUCCUUUGUUUGACAGUGAUAUUGCUUCUUCUGUUGGUUGGACCUUAUACUCUCCCCUUGUAUGUGUUUUGACUUGUGAAUUGUUGGAUUACAUGCAACUGUAAUUUGCUGACAAUCGCUUGUUUGCUGCCUGCCAACGCCAAGUUGAAGUUGCUGCCUGACCUGUUAUAGUCUCAUGUUCUUCCAGUUCCAAGGUUUCAAAUAGGUCCUGGCCCUCUUAGGAAUCUGGAGUUCAAUCCUGUUAAUCUGAUUUCUUCAUGGGACCUGUUUUUCUAUUUUCUUAUUAACACCUUAGGUUAAUGUAUCUUUCCAAAUGCAUUCUCACCCAAUACAUGCAUAUAUCCAUUGAACGAAGAUGUCACUGUGGUUUUCUUUUGUGAAUCUACAUACCAUCGAUGCCUAGUUAGCUUGUUGAGAAAUGCAUACCCCCUUUUAAGUAAAAGCAUGCUUCUUCUAGCUGCCAUUGUAUUGGUCCAAGUUUGAUGGAUUCUGAAUGUAUUAUUAAUUUCUGAUUUGAUAUGGCAUUUUAAUGGAUGUCAAGGUUGGCCGAAACAAGCAUAAAAAGAUCAACAUUCCAUG